AUGUCUCCACCCGCGGACGAUUCGGAGAACCUUCGCUCCGUGGUCCAGAAUCAGCAACAGACCAUCUCGUUACUGGUUUCUGAGAAAGCAUCACUCAGUGCGUCCUUGGAGCGUCUGACGGGCAUCGAUUCCAAAACGCGCGAUGUGGAGGCGCACUUGGAACAGGAAAGAGAUGCCAGCAACGCACUGCGGGAACGAGUCCAACACCUUGAGCGCGAUAAUCAGAGUGCCACAGCUCGGAUACAGCACUUGUCCGGUCGAGAGAAGGAGCUGGAGGACAAACUCCGAGAGCAGGCUCGGGAGUUGCAGCUCACUUCGAGCGCUACUGAGGAACUUCGAACCCAAUCAGAAGAAUCUCAGAAACGGAUCCGUGAGCUGGAGGAACAGAUCCAAAGCGACGAUCGCGUUGAGAGGUUGGAGUCAGAGUUGCGCAACGUCCAAGACCGUGCGAGUGAGCUUGAGUUUCAGAUAUCGAAGCUCAAACAGACGAAUAACAGCUUCAAGUCGGAGAAAGACGAGCUUGAAGCCCAGCUUCGCUCCAAGACGGAGUCCGAGGCCAUAUGGGCAUCCAAGCACUCCGAACUCCAAGGUCGACAUAUGGACCUCCAAAAGCAACUUUCCGAGAUCAAUGAUGCUCGCCAAGCGGUCGUCCAGGAAAAAAUAACUCUGGAGUCUCGUCUAGCAGACCAACAGAAGACCAUAUCUGCUCUGCAGCAGGCCGCCACCCAAGCGUCUUCCGAAUUCGGAGCAACGAUACGACAGCUGCAGACGGCCCAGAACGAGCUCCGUAUCGCCAAUAGACGGGUGGAAGAGGCGGAGCGCACUCAGCAGGAGCUCCAAGCCGAGGGGACAUCGCUCAUGCGCUCGCUGGACGAGAUGCGGCCCAAGAUUGUUGAACUGACGGACAUUAAGCUCGAGCUUACGGAGAAGAUCAAUAGCCUGGAUAAUUCGCUUCGCGAGAGGGACGGCGUCAUUGCUCAGUUGGAAUCGUCAAUGCACGAGCUGCGCGAACAGAAGGGGAUCGUGGACGAGCAACUCCGAGAAGUCGAAUCACUACGGGAGAACGACCGUGCUACGGCAGAGGACAAUGUCGCGGAACUGCAGCGCGGAUAUACGGAGAUGCAGAAUGAGCUGGAUGGGGCACUUGCUAGUGUCCGAGAACUGGAGAUUGAGCGGUCGAGUCACCGUCAGACGGCCGCUCGCCAGUUGGAGGAGAUCGAAAAGCUCACGUCAUCCAUUCAGUCACUGAAGGAGGAGGUUGCUUCGCUAAGAGGCGAGUUAGAAGAACGCAAGCUUGCAGAAGUUGAGAAGGAAGAGUUCCUUGAACGGGCUCGGACCGAUGUCGAGGUAUUGCGUGCAGAGGUCGCCUCGAAGGAUGCAGAGAUCGAGCAGCUGCGUGUUGAAGCAUCGUCGACGGCCUCUCUCGCGGACCAACUCUCCCCUUCACUCAAUCAAGAGAUGGUCAGCUCGCUGAGACAGCAGCACGCGCUUGAGCUGUCCGCCUCCCAGUCCCAGAUCCGUGCCCUCCAGACCACCGUCUUCGAGCUCGAAGCGAAGAACCAUUCAUUCCACCGGCAGAUCAGCUCCCUCGAAGACCUCGUCGCACAAUUACGUUCUGUCUCGACUGUCAACAGCAACAACACCAUGCCCGCACGCAUAUCCCCCAAUCGGCCCAUGUCACCUCCCUCACGUCCUUCCAGCCGGUCGAGGAACCACUCUGACGACCUCCGUCGGGCCUCCUUUGCACGCAAGACCAGCAAUGCUACAGUCUCACAGCAGUCCUUGCCAUCCCAAUCCAUCUUCGGUCAAAAUCUCUCCGCCGAGACGCGCCAUAAACGCAAGGUCAGCCUCAGCAUGCUCAAGGCUCGAAUCGACAGCGAGGUCGCUGCUGCCGCGACGGCGACCUCCCACCCGCCAUCUCGCGCCAUCUCCCCGUCGCUCUCGCUCAAGGACGCGUCGAAGAGUGGUAUUCUUGUAGCGCACUCUCAUGGCUCUGAGGAAGGGCACGAUCACAGUCCCUCAUUCAAACAUCCUCAGUUCUUAGACGAGUCACAUAUCUUCUGGUGCCACUCAUGUCGUGGAGAGCUGGUCGUUCUGUGA